GCGCGGCGUGAUAGUAAGAUAGAUUGCCGGAUGGAAUUUACUAAUUAAAAGAUCGAUGUAACGGCCGGUAAGCUUCAAGGAGGCUUUAAUUUGCAUUAAUGUUAUGGCGGAGCUACCUUUGGGUUGCUUGGCGGGAGACACAGCGUAUAGUUAAUAUUAGACUACUCUACGGAUCUUUUUAGAGAAGCGUUUUCUGCUGCUUUGAGAUGCUUUUAUCUCUGACAAACGCGAUGGAAUCUGAAUCACUAAAUUUUAAUUUGGUGUUUGAUUAUGUGUCUGUGUUUGCUCCAGUUCUUUUAAUCAUUGUUACAUGUUUGACGAUUUUUCAUAGGAUAAAAUCGAGAUGGCCUGUGAAAGUAAACUGCUGGUUUUGCAAUGAGAACACAAAGAUCCACAGACAAGAUUUGGAUUGGUGGUUGUGUUCUUGGUGUGAGCAGUACAAUGGUUUCUGCAAGAACGGCGACUAUGCAUACGAUAUUCCAGAGCAAUAUACAACAUUACACACGUCUACAAAGUACUGUCAGUCACCGCGAGGAAAUAAGGAAGCAUACAAUAUUCCUAAGAGUAAUCUCUGUAUGGGCUGUAACAAGCGGGAAAACUUGAAACUAUUGGAAUUAUCCAAUUUUGAGCCUAAAGACGAAAAUCUUUAUAGUACGGAGCUAAAAAUGUUUACAGAAUACUUGGAAAAAAGAUAUCCACUCUGCAAUAAUUGUAAAUCAGUAGUGCGAGAUGUGCUACGUAAACAAGCAUUGUGGCUCACUUACUAUAAAAUGUUAUUCUUUAGGCAAAAACCAGUUCAGGCGCUUAUCAGUAGACGAUCAAAAACAAUUUCUCGAGUUAUCUCAAUAAUCCUCGACUCGACUAUCAUGUACAAUCAUGACUGUGUAUGGUUGCCAAUCGGUGGAUUGUUCUUUCACCUGCAUGUUUGUUGGACGAGUUUGAUGAAGAGGAAGACAUUCGAUGUGUUAUUGACAUUUUUACGGUUCUGCAUGAUGAGUCUUAUAUCUGCCAAGAAUUUAACAAUUCUUCAGAAUGACUGGCUUACAGCAGAACACAUUGCACAGUAUCACAUGAUAACAAUAUGCGUAUUUAUUAUAGGUUUCUUGAAUGUAAAACCUAGUUUACAUGAGAAUAAAUUCAGCGGCUCAGUGGCGUUUAAGAAGCUUAAAUCGCUUUCACGGGACACAAUCGCAUCUCAGUUUUUGUAUAAUAAUGAAAGCAAAAAUAACAGUUUUUCAGACGAAAUGGAUAGCAGUUUUGAAUCGGCAGUCUGUGCAGCAAGCAAACUAUCUUCCACUGAAAUUAAAUCACAUUCAGCAAUAUCAAAACAGAAGUUAUCUAUGACCACUGGGAGCAAUAGUAAUCCGAACUCCGUCUCUCAGAGCAGUCCACCAGAUAACUGUUGUUUGAACGAUAGUUUGAGCACUCUCUUUCUGAGUGAGGAUUCGCCGACUUGCAACAGAAACGCAAGAGUGGCGCCGACUAUUUUCGAGAGAAAAAUCUACAGCGCAGUGAGCUCUGAGAAUCUGUUCAAAAAAUCCAUUAACGCGUUUAAUAGAAGAAACAUUCUGUCGCCGCCAAAGCUCAGGUCGGUGACGCAGACCUCGUGGGUGGCCGGCGGUUACUGGCAGGACGGUAUGAUGACCACGCCGCCGUCGCCGCCACCGAUAUCGCUAUCGCGAUCAUCCAGUCAGAGUUCCGGUUUUGGCUCAGCCAGCUCUUCGAAUCUCGCACCGUCCCGCGAGCCAUCCGUGCUGAACGAGCUCGAUCGCUGCUCCGUUGUGUCGGACGCUACGCGAUGGUCCUCACACACACCGUUACCUCGUGUGCAGUCGCGGCGCAACGAUGCCGCGAAGAAUUGCUCACAGUCGCCGUCGCCGAUUCCAGCGACGCGCGAUCUGGAUAAUCACGUCCAUAAGUGCCACGUUCGCGGGUCGAGCGUCGGAAAUUCGGACGACCCAACACCGACAGUGUACGUCGGUCACACGACCACCACGGUUGUCACGAGUCCCGUUUGGCUGUCCGCAUUGCUCUGCGGCUCGCUAAUAUUGAACAUCAUAGUGCUGUGCAUUAUGCUGUUGCGUUAACGCGAUAAGCGUCGCGCUAAUCAACGUCGGGUUAUUGUGUUCACACUAUUUAUACAUCUCGCUAACGCUGAUUAAUCGUUGAGUACUCGCCGAAUCACGUCAAUUUCACCCGAGAGAUUAUUCAUUUGUUUAUAUUUGCUUAUUUUGUUUAUUGAAUUUUUUUCUCACGUGCAAUCUUCGGUUGUCAAAUUCUGUUAAGAACUUGAAAAUUUAACAAUUUAAUUUUCUAAUCUAAUUCGUAUGUAUUUUCUUUUUGAGUGCUCGAUAAAAAAAUGAGUACUACUGCUGAUUAAGGAACGACUUACAUCUUCCAUUUGCGAUCUACUGAAACAGUAGAUGCUAAUUGAAAUCACACUGCCGAUGUAUUUCCUGUGAGCGGAUAUACUUGCCUGUCGAACAUAUCCGCAUGUCUUCACUUACUAUCCAUAGAUUUUGUAAGCGUAUAAACACGUCUUUUUAUGCAUCACUCCAGUUAAAACGCGCAAGAUACAUAACGAAGAUGUUCAAGAAUAUUUGCACAUCGUAUUUUCUUCUUUAAUAGGUUUUACCGAAAAAAAUAUUGCUGCAAGAUGUUUCUAUUGGAAUAUAUUGUUUUUAUUUUUAUAUUAAUAGACAUUAUAUUAACUAACAAACUUACAGCAUACCGGAGAGAAAAAUAAAAAGAUAUUUUUCCUCUUGUGUCAUUUUUUUCUUCGUGUAAAAUUUGAAAAAAAAUGCGAUGUGCAAAUGUUUUUUUUGCGCAUUGCACGUAUUGUUAUAUUCGAAUGAAGAAAAAAACCGAUGACGAUCCUCCGUGUGUUCCUUAGUAAGAGAUACAUAUUUAGCUUUAGAAGUAAGAUUAUAAGAAUAUUUGUUCACGCAUUACGCUGAAGGUUUCUUGUUUUUCAUACGUAAUGUUAUGUCGACGAGACCGAUUGUACAUAUAUUGCCGAGAAUUUUGUAAAGAGAAAAGAUGUGAGAAAUAUGUACACACACUCAGUCUCUUCUUAAUUUAUGGACUAGUGUACUUGUUGUAACAAUCAUGUUAUAUUGUGUAUUCCGUUUAUCAUAUGUUUUGAUAUCUACAAUAUUGUACACCUGUAUUGAUGAGAAUAAACGCGAUCUUUUUCAGUAUUGCCUCUUACAAAUAACUUUUAUCCUUCAUUCUAUUAAAUUUGCUAAUGUAAUAAGAUGCACAAACAAUAGGAUUAAACACAAUUCACGCAAAAUAGCUGCAGAACAACUUUUCUUGAUUUUCACAGAAAAUAAAUUGGACUUAAAGCUAUUUCUAACCGGAAAUUAAAUUUCUCAAACUCCAAAUCAUCAAAAUAAUUAAUGAAGGAUUUCACAUGAGAUGUGUAUGUAUAAUAUACUUUAUUGUAUUACCUUACAAAUAUAUUUCUUUCGGAGAUUAUUUUGCCGGGACAGUAUGCAGUGCAUGACAAUAAAUAAAUAGGUGUGAGUUACAGUCGUUUCUUUGAGUUACAUGUGUUUCUUUCUUUAUUCUUGUUUUUUUUCUUUUCUUCAAUAUUAAGCAUCGUCGUUUCGAUAAUCCGAAUAAUGAUAAUAAUAAUAAUAAUAAUAUUAAUAAUAACGAUAUCUUAAAAUUACAGCUUUAAUCCGAUAGGGGAAUAUUGUAUUACAAUUUAAUAAUAUAGUACCUUGUUAGCUACAGCCUCUCUACACCCUGCAUACAAAUCCACUACCACCUAAAGUCUAGGAAAAUGUUUUUAGAAUUGCGUCUAUGCGUUUCUUGUGUUUUUUUUUCAAUUUUUAAAAAUUUUUUUAUUUCGUUCGCUACUUUUGCUGUCUCAGAUGAGGUAGAUCCGAACUCGAUUUUGCAUUGAUGCGGAAGAUAUUUGCGAAAUAUCUUGGGAUAGAACGGAAU